UAAUCCGCUCCCCGAGAACGAGCGCGGGGUCGCGUCUUUUCAAAAGGGCACUUUGGUAAAUUUCACGUUGAUAGGGAAGAUGCAGAUAUCGAAACCAGAGUUCUAAAACCUCAAAGCUCCGCUGCAGUGCGUUGCUGGAGAGGGAGAUGGAAGAAGUUGCGCAGGAUAUGGAAACCAGGAUAUCGUGCGCCAUGCGCGCACGCAUCAGAGAUUUCAAGGACCAGGAGGAUUCAUUGACUCUUGAAACCGUUAGAAGGUCAUUAGAAAAGGACAUGGGAUUGAAGAAAUUUACAUUGGAUGCCCAUAAGAGAUUCAUCAAGCAAUGCUUGCAUGAGUGCUUCUGUGAAAUUGAUGAUGAGAACGUCUCAACGUACAUGGGGAAGAAUUCAGAGCAAGUCGUUGAUUCAGUGGAAACUGAAGGGGACAAAUCUGAAAAAAUUCUAAGUGAAGACAUAAUUAAGAAGGCUAUUAAAAAGAGAGCUUCUUAUUUCAGAGAUAAUUCUGAGACAAUUACUUUGUCAGGAGCUCGUCGACUUUUGGAGGAAGAUCUCAAGCUUGAGAAAAAUGCUCUUGAUGCCCAUAAAAGUUUCAUAAGCAAGCAGCUUGAUGAGGUUCUGCAAUCUCCUGAGGUUGUUGAAUCCAUGAAUGGGGAUAAGAAAAAAGGUCCAAAGAAAGCCUCUGACAGCAAAGUUAGAGGUGGAAGUAGCAAGCGCUUUAGAAAAGUCAGUGGAGGACAUGGCAGUUCAGAUUCCUCAGAUGUAAGUUCUACUGGUGAGGAGGGUAUUGAGGAACAACGGGUCAAAGAAAAAACGCAAGCUGUGAAAAAAGUAGCAGCAAGGAAUAAUGAAGGACAGAAAAAGCGCAAAGAUGUAAGUUCUAGUUGUGAGGAGGGUAUUGAGGAACAACGGGUCAAACAAAAAACGCAAGCUGUGAAAAAAGUAGCAGCAAGGAAUAAUGAAGGACAGAAAAAGCGCAAAAGAUCUACAGAAGAAAGAAAGCCAUCUCGUAAUGAGAAGAACAAACGAGUGAAGUUGGCAGUAGAGAAAGGCAGCAAUACUGACGGAGGUGGACAUUCCUCUGAAGAUGGUAAAUCUAAAUCAUCUGCUGAAGAGCCUGUCAAGAAGAAAAGAGAAACUUCCACUCAGGUUUAUGGAAAACGCGUGGAACAGCUAAAGUCAAUUAUCAAAGCCUGCAGGAUGAGUAUCCCCCCAUCAGUUUACAAGAGGGCCAAGCAGGCUCCUGAGAAUAAACGUGAGGCACAUUUGAUGAAGGAGUUGGAGGAGAUUCUUGGGAAGGAGGGGUUGUCUUCAAAUCCUUCCGAAAAAGAAAUCAAAGAAGUCAAGAAGCAGAAGGAAAGAGCAAAGCUGGGCAUUGACGUGAGUAACAUUGUCUCAAGUUCUCGCCGAAGGUCCACAUCCAAUUUCAUUAUUCCUCCCCCACAACCCAGGUUGGCAGUUGAAAAAAAUGAUGGUGGUGGUGCUGGUGAUGAUGAUGGUGAUGAGGAAGAUACUGAUGACAAAGAGAGUGAAAGCGAAGGCGCGAGUGAAGAAAUCAAAGAUGUCAAGAAGCAGAAGAAAAGAGCAAAGCUGGGCAUUGACAUGAGUAACAUUGUCUCAAGUUCUCGCCGAAGGUCCACAUCCAACUUCAUUAUUCCUCCCCCAAAGCCCAGGUUGGCAGUUGCAAAAAAUGGUGGUGUUGGUGGUGGUGGUGGUGGUGAUGAUGACAAGGAAGAUACUAAUGAUGAAGAGAGUGAAAGUGAGGGCGUGUGUGAAGGAAUUACGUUGCAUGCAGGAGAUUCUUCAACUUCUGCCCAAGGAAGCAACUCAAGGAAGAAAGUUGAAUUCAAUCAAGUUGGGCAGCUGGUUGGAGAAAAUGCAGUUUCAUUCUCCACAUUUAUAGGGCGGCUGACCAGGGCACAUUGUCCAAUUAGAUACGCUGAUUGGCGCAGUGUACCUGAUUCAGAUAAGGAUAAUUUAUGGUCUAUGGUUAGGGAUACAUAUGAGAUCGAUGAGAAGUACAAAGAGAAGGUCCUUCAGAAAGUAAACAAAUCAUUGAGGAACUGGAAGUGGGAAUUGAGAAGGCAUUAUGAUAAGUUUGAUCAAGAUGCCGAGGGAAGAAGAAAUUGUCCCAAAGGUGUGAAGCAAGAAGAGUGGGAGUGUUUCAUUGAUGUAGAGUCCUCGGAACAAUCAAUCAGUCGUCGUGAAAAUGGAAAGGCUUCCAGAAAAGAGAUGAAACACCCUCACACGACUGGUAGACGAGGAGCUGCUAGGACGGCAGAGAAAAUGCUAAUGGAAAAUCCAAAUGCUAUCAUCACCAGAACAGACUUGUAUGUGGCCACUCAUACCAGAUCCGACGGGUCUUACCCUACGCCAGAGCUAAGUAUCACAAUGGAAAGAAUAAAAUCGAUAAUUGCCAGUGAUCCUGCUAGUACACAAAGGGAUUUAGACCACGACCCAGUUGCACAGGUUUGUGGUCGUGAUAGCAGAGGACUUGUAAGGGGCAUGGGUGAGGGUAUUUCUAAGACCACUAUUAUGGCUUCCACUCCCUACAUGGUAGAAGCUCGAACUGAGAGGAAUGCACAUAUGUUCCUUGAGUCCAAAAUGGAAACUACAAUGGUUGAAAUGAUAAAGAGAUUAGACGAGGAAAAGGCAUUACGAAUGAGCAUGGAGCAACAGUUGGCUGACAUUAGGCAGCAGAUUGCUUUUCAAGGUCAACAAGUGCACUGCUCCCCCGACACUAAUGCAUCUCAGGCCUACCAUCAAUCCGGUGAUGCCUCGAGUCUUCGAGAAGACUCGGCCCCAACUCCACGGACGAUACAGAUUUGCCGUUUGCUAAGUGGGCGACUGAUGAGAGAUAAUAUAGGCAUCUAAACUAGACUCUGUCAGGGUCAUCUAUUGGGAUUCCUACUGCGGAGUUGUUUGGUGAUGACAUGAUAUUUGGAGAUGUGAUGUUGGGUGAAAUUCUAGUUUGGCCUGGAGUGUUGAUGGAAACUUGAUUAUUCAGUGGUUUUGUUUAUUAUUAUUUUUUCUUCUAGACCAGGCUUUUUGUCUUUUAUAUGAUUCAUUAAUCGGUUAAGGAUCCUUGGAUUAUUAAGUUGUGUUUUUUAAUUGCAGGCAAUGCUUCUUUGUUUCA